AUGGCCGAGCAAAGCGGGAUAAAUCACAUUCCCCUACCCCUUCCCAAGUCUCAGACGCCACCUAGACGUAGUCGCUCGGGAUCAUCUCGACCUAAAGCAAAAUCUAGAACGCCAUCAAGACGAAGUCGUUCAGGCUCUUCACCGCCUAAACAGAAAUCUAAAACCCCACCAAGACAUAGCCCAUCUGGGUCAUUUUCUCCACAAUCCAAAGUGAAGGCAAUUACUUCACCAAGACGAAGCCAUUCUGGCUCUUCUUCUCCAAGUCCCAGUAGGGUGAUUUCUAGGACACUGCCAAGGCAGAGCAGAUCAGAGUCUCCCUGCUCCAAGGUGGAAUCGAGACUGUUGCCAAGGCAGAGCCAUUCUAGGUCGUCCUCGCCAGAUACCAAAGUGAAACCUGGAACACCACCAAGACGAAGUCACUCAGGGUCUACUUCGCCGUGCCCCAAAAUAAAGCCCCAAACUCCACCAGCACAGUGUCUUUCUGGAUCGAAGUCACCACAUUCUCAAGAGAAUGCUAAAGAUUCACCAGCACAAAGUAACUCUGGCUCCUCCUCUGUGUGUUCAGGAGUAAAAUCUAGCACACUACCAGGAGAAAGCUGCUCAGGUUUCUCAUCCCUGCAACAGAAAGGACAAUCUCAAACCUCCCCAGACCAUACAUCUGACACUUCAACUCCAGAAACAAGACAGGGUCGCUCCGAGUCGCCAUCUUUGCAGAGCAAAUUUCAGAUACCACCUGAGGGUGGUCGGUCUAGGUCUUCAUCUCCAGUCACUGAUCUGGCCACUAGAUCGCCACCAAGACAAAACAGAAGUGGGCCGUCCACGAGUCCUAGGCUCAGAUCUCCUGAGCAGAGGUCUCAGACUGACUCCUCCCCACAUCUUGGGACAGACAUUAAAGCUCUUCUGAGGCAAAGUAGAUCGGAAUCUCCUCCAGAAUCAAAAGAGAAAGGGAGCCUACUCUCUCAGGAGUCUGUGCCUGCAUCAUCUCCCAGACCAAGAGAUGGACUUACGCCCCCCCCCGUGCAGGACGGGCCCGAGUCCUCACCACUUCUCAGAGACGCUCUCAGAACCCCUCCAGGGGAGAGAAGUGGCUCUGGGCCAUCUCCAGAUGCAAAAAGCCGGAGCAGCGCAUCGGCUCAGCCCACCCAAGAAGAGGAAUCAGUGGAGGCAGUGGAGAAAUCUGAAGAGCUCUCAAACCAGAUCCUGUCCCACUUGUCUCCAGAACUUAAAGAGGUGGCUGGAAGGAACUUUGAAUCAUCUCCUGAAGUAGAAGAAAAGUCUGCUGUGUUUGUACCUCUUGACCAGAGCCAGUCGCGGGCUUCUUUGGGAACAGUAGAAGUUCCUGCGGCAGUCUCGGCUUGGAGUGGGCCACGUUACACUUUGGACCAUAAAGAACUGCCUAACUCUCCUCCUAGGGAGAACAGCUUUGGGUCACCUUUAGAAUUUAGAAACUCAGGCCCUGUUGUUUCAGAAAUGAAUAUUGGAUUGUCUCCUGAGGCUAAAGAGGAUUUGAAUGGGCCUUUCCUUAAUCAGCUGGAGACAGACCCAUCUCUAGACAUGAGAGAACAAUCUACAAGAUCCUCCCGUCGCAGCAGUUCUGCGUUAUCCCCAGAUGCAAUGGAAAAAGCAGGAAUGUCUUCGAAUCAGAGUGUCUCUUCACCUGUGCUUGAUGCUAUACCGAGAACACCUUCUAGGGAAAGAAGCAGUUCUGCGUCUUCUCCUGAACUGAAAGAUGGAUUGCCCAGGACACCAUCGCGGAGAAGUAGGUCUGGGUCUUCUCCCAGACUUAGAGAUGGGUCUGGGACACCUUCCAGGCAUAGCCUGUCUGGUUCCUCUCCUGGAGUGAAAGAUGUACCUAGAACGCCAUCCAGGGGCAGAAGUGAAUGUGAUUCUUCUCCAGAACCAAAGGCUUUGCCUCAGACUCCUAGGCCGAGGAGCCAUUCUCCAUCAUCUCCUGAGCUCCCCAACAAGUGUCUUACCCCCCAGAGGGAAAGAAGUGGGUCAGAAUCAUCAGUUGAACAAAAGACCAUGUCUAGGACCCCACUUGGACAGAGAAGUCGAUCUGGGUCUUCUCAAGAACUUGACGGGAAACCCAGUACAUCCCCUAGGGAACAAAGUGAUUCAGACUCUUCUCCGGAUUCUAAAACCAAGGUCCGAACUCCACUUAGGCAGAGGGCCUGCUCUGGGUCAUCUCCAGAGCUUGAGGGCAAGUCCCGGCCUUCUCCUCGGCGUAGCAGGUCUGGCUCAUCCCCUGAAGUUCAAGAGAAGCCAAGAGUGGCACCCAGGGCACAGAGUGGUUCUGAUUCUUCUCCUGAGCCUAAAGCUCCGGCCCUUCGGGCUCUUCCUCGACGGAGCAGAUCAGGCUCCUCAAGCAAAGGCAGAGGCCCCUCUCCUGAAGGAAGCAGCAGCUCUGAGUCAUCUCCAGAGCAUCCUCCCAAAUCCAGAGCUGCUCGAAGAAGCUGCAGGUCCUCUCCAGAGCCCAAGACCAAGUCUCGCACUCCACCUCGUCGUCGCAGCUCCCGGUCAUCACCGGAAUUGACUAGGAAGGCCAGACUGUCUCGGAGAAGCCGCUCUGCCUCCUCCUCACCUGAGACCCGUUCCAGAACUCCCCCAAGGCGCCGCAGAAGCCCCUCAGUGUCCUCCCCAGAGCCGGCUGAGAAGUCACGGUCAUCACGCCGCCGGCGUUCUGCUUCUUCCCCACGCACCAAGACAGCAUCCAGGAGAGGCCGCUCUCCUUCACCAAAGCCUCGUGGACUCCAGCGGUCCCGUUCCCGCUCUAGGAGGGAGAAGACCAGAACAGCCCGGAGGCGUGACAGAUCUGGGUCUUCUCAGUCUACCUCUCGGAGGAGACAGCGGAGCCGGUCAAGGUCUCGGGUUCCUCGUCGACGGAGGGGUGGCUCUGGCUACCACUCCAGGUCACCUGCCCGACAGGAGAGUUCCCGAACCUCUUCCCGACGCCGAAGAGGCCGCUCGCGAACACCCCUAGCCAGUCGGAAGCGUUCCCGUUCUCGUACAUCACCGGCCCCGUGGAAACGCUCCAGGUCUCCAGCCACUCACCGGCGAUCCAGGUCCAGAACACCUCUGGUCAGCCGACGUCGCUCUCGGUCUCGUACCUCGCCAGUCAGUCGGAGGCGGUCACGGUCCAGGACGUCAGUGACUCGACGAAGAUCUCGAUCAAGAGCGACCCCGGUGAGUCGCAGGCGAUCCAGGUCCAGGACACCACUAGUGACCCGCCGGCGGUCAAGGUCCAGGACGCCAGCAGCACGUCGACGCUCCCGUUCCAGAACUCCACCUGUGACCCGUAGGAGGUCCAGGUCCCGGACCCCACCAGUGACACGAAGGCGUUCCCGAAGCAGAACCUCGCCAGUCACUCGCAGAAGAUCAAGAUCCAGAACAUCCCCAGUCACCCGGAGGAGAUCUCGGUCUCGCACAUCUCCAGUAACUCGAAGGCGGUCCCGCUCCCGGACCUCUCCAGUGACGCGCCGCCGCUCUAGGUCCCGAACACCCCCAGCCAUUCGCCGCAGAUCCAGGUCCCGAACGCCGCUGCUGCCACGCAAACGUUCACGGAGUCGCUCACCACUUGUUAUCCGCCGCCGCUCUAGGUCUCGUACCCCGAGAGCAACUCGUGGGAAAAGGUCCUUGACAAGGUCUCCUCCAGCCAUCCGCAGGCGUUCUGCGUCCGGAAGCAGUUCUGAUCGUUCGCGAUCUGCUACUCCUCCAGCAACGAGAAAUCACUCUGGUUCGCGGACACCUCCUAUGGCCUUGGGUAGCUCCAGAAUGAGCUGCUUCAGUCGUCCCAGCAUGUCACCGACUCCUCUUGACCGCUGCCGGUCCCCUGGAAUGCUCGAGCCCCUGGGCAGCUCCAGAACACCAAUGUCUGUCCUGCAGCAAGGGGGUGGUUCCCUGAUGGACGGCCCAGGUCCCCGAAUGCCUGAUCACCCGAGAACAUCAUCUGUGCCAGAAAACCACGCCCAGUCCAGAAUUGCGCUUGCUCUGACGGCUAUCAGCCUGGGCACCGCUCGACCGCCUCCGUCCAUGUCUGCUGCAGGCCUAGCUGCCAGGAUGUCCCAGGUACCUGCUCCAGUACCUCUCAUGAGUCUCAGAACGGCCCCUGCUGCCAGCCUCGCCAGCAGGAUCCCUGCAGCCUCGGCAGCGGCCAUGAACCUGGCCAGCGCCAGAACACCUGCCAUCCCAACAGCCGUGAACCUGGCCGACUCGCGCACACCAGCUGCAGCUGCGGCCAUGAGCCUGGCCAGCCCCAGAACAGCGGGGGCCCCUUCAGCUGUGAGCCUCACUGACCCACGUACCCCUGCAGCCUCAGCGGUGAAUUUGGCAGGAGCCAGAACCCCAGCUGCUCUGGCAGCCCUGAGCCUUGCAGGCUCAGGCACGCCCCCAACAGCUGCAAGCUACCCCUCCAGCUCCAGGACGCCCCAAGCUCCAGCACCUGCAAACCUGGUGGGCCCCAGGUCUACUCACGCCACAGCACCGGGGACUAUGGCCAGCUCCCGAAGCCCUGCGGCCCUGGCCCCAGCCAGCCUCACCAGUGCCAGGAUGGCGCCAGCCCUGUCUGGGGCCAACCUUACCAGCCCCCGGGUGCCCCUCUCAGCCUAUGAGCGAGCCAGCGGUCGAGUCUCGCCCCCACUCCUCGACCGAGCCAGGUCGCGAACACCACCAGGAGGUCCCGGCUGCAGAACCCCACCGUCGGCCCCGAGCCAGUCCCGCAUGCCCUCGGAGCGGGCUCCCUCUCCGGCUGCUAGAAUGGGCCAGCCUUCCUCACAGGCUGCCCUGAUGCCGGCACAGGAGCGGCCCAGGUCCCCUGGGCCACCUGCCUUUUCAGACCAGUCCCGUUCUUUGCCCGCCCAGACCACCCCUGCAGUGGGGUCUCAGGCCCUCUCUGGGACUGGGGCAAAGACCGCGUCUGCUGCCAGUGACCACAACGGUGUGGCCUUGGGCCCUGCCCCUGGGGUGUUCCACCCUGAGGGUGGGGAACCGCUUGCCUGCGCUGGAGCGCAGCAGCCCCCGGCACUGGCCGCCCUGCAGCCCACCAAGGAGCGGAGGAGCUCGUCCUCAUCCUCAUCCUCGUCCAGCUCCUCCUCUUCCUCCUCCUCCUCCUCGUCCUCGUCUUCCUCUUCUGGCUCCAGUUCGAGUGACUCGGAGGGCUCCAGCCUUCCCGCGCAGCCGGAGGUGCCCCUGAAGAGGGUCCCCAGUCCUGUCCCCGGCCCAAAGGAGAUUGUUCGAGAGGGCCGCCCGCAGGAGCCGACCCCAGCCAAGAGGAAGAGGCGCGACAGCAGCUCUAGUUCCAGCUCUUCAUCCUCCUCCUCCUCUUCCUCUUCCUCCUCCUCCUCCUCCUCCUCUUCUUCCUCUUCUUCCUCCUCCUCCUCUUCCUCUUCCUCCUCUUCCUCCUCCCCCUCCCCUGCUAAGCCUGGCCCUCAGGCCUUGCCCAAACCUGCAAGCCCCAAGAAGGCACCCCCUGGCGAGAGAAGGUCCCGCAGUCCCCGGAAGCCAAUAGAUUCUCUCCGGGACUCGCGGUCGCUCAGCUACUCACCUGCGGAGCGCCGCCGCCCCCCCUCGCCACAGCCUUCCCCCCGGGACCAGCAGAGCAGCAGCAGUGAGCGGGGUUCCCGGAGAGGCCAGAGGGGGGACAGCCGCUCCCCGAGCCACAAGCACAGGCGGGAGACGCCCAGCCCCCGCCCCGUGCGCCGCCGUUCCUCCAGGUCUCCAUGA